GAUUUUUGUGGACACACUGCGUUGUGUGAGCAGACCUCAGCUCCUGCGGUCACCAUUGGGAGAGCUGAACUGUGUGAUUAUGGCUUCAUCCGAGCGCUCCCCUGUGACCUCCCAGCACCAUGACCCCUGCUGCCGCACCAUUCAUCUCCUGAGGAAGAUGCGCCCGGAUAUCAAUAGGCUCCUGAAGUCCUAUGUUGAGAAACAAACGUUGGACAAAAACUUCAACUUUGACUCUGUCGAUGGUGUGCCUACAGCUGACACUGAACACUGGAGUGAAAUUUCAGAGGCUGAACGCCUGGGAGAUAACCUGAAGGCCUACUGGGCAUUUCAGAUUUUACUGACUGAAAUCCUGGAAGAGCAGAGGUCCACCUUGACACCAGGUGAUGCCGCUUUUCAUGAGUCAAUCAAUUCGGUUGUGGCUCAAGUCACUGCUUUGGCUUACCAACUGGAGCAACUGAUGUUAACAAUGAAGCACAGUCUGCCGGCCAGAGAAGUGAAAAAUACCAGAAAUACUGGUGAAAAGGGCUUGUUUGAGAAGAAAGUGAGGGGCAUGAAGGUGCUGCUGGAACUUGAUCGAUGGAUUGUCAGGUCUAUCCGGGACCUUAAAAAAGUCUCCAGGUCUAUUGAGGAAGGUGCCAUCCCACGUGUGAGUCACUGCCUGGCUCAGGCCCAGAAAAACUGAAGCUGCCCUUCUCUGUUGGAUUCUUACCUUCCCAAAGGCUAUUCUUCAUUCUCAUCUAUGGUGUUAGAUUGAUAUGGUAUGGUCAGAGUGAGCCCUCCAAGAGCGUUGCAGUGAAUAGUACUUUCCAGAUGUUGGUAUUUAUUUUGCUUUCAGAAAUCCAAACACUCAAACCCUUUUAAUCAGCUUUAGAUGGAUUCACACAGCCAUGGCGUCCCCCUGAUAUGGUGAUUUCAGUGAUCACCUGGUCAUUGUUAAUUAUUCAGUCUCUCUCCUCCUCUCAUAUUCUCUCUUUCUUCCCAUGAACUCAGCAUGAGUAUAGCCUUAUAGCAACCUUCUCAACGUUUAAACUGGGGGAGGUAGGCCAGCCAGCAUAUUUCAUGACUGACCAGAAAUUUCAGCCUGACUCUCCUUUUUCCAGUCCAUUAUGUCUGGGCCCUGAUGAAUGUUCACCACUUUCAAUUGGGAAAAGGCCAAGUCGGCCUGGAGGUCUGACGGAGGAGCUCCACCACUUGGAGUAAAUCAUGAUAAUAUCACAUUGUCCAGGAUAUGCGAGGAAUCAGCCCUACCCCUUUCAGGUUCUCCAUUUUACCAUGACCAGUUUCAAGCGAUAUAAAUCCGCAUACCAUGGAUUCUUAGUUCUGAGCUUGAACAUAAUGAAAGACCAAGUGUGCAAGUUUAAAAGAUGUGCCAGGUAGAUUAGUGAAAAUGAGUUCAUGCUCAAAAGUUCAUUGCUAAAUGUUCACUUCAAUUGCAGCAUAUUAUGGAAAUGAUGUUUCUUCUUCAGAAUUGAGUGUUAAACAUCCCUGUGUCUCCCUAAUGCGUUCUCUUAGAGCAGUAACAGCAGGCUGGGGAAGGGAAGGUUGCUUCCCGUUGGCUGGCUUUUGUAGCCCAGAAAACCCCUGUACUAAAGCUGCUUUGCUUACACUUUUCACAGUGUUUAUUUCUGUAGGAAAAGGGUCCCCUAACUGUUAAGAGAUCUGGGCUAACAAACUGAAACUGAAUGCAAUCUCAUACAAAGUUGUGUACAGA